AUGCUUCGGCUCAGGCAUCUGUUCCGAAGCCAAGUCCGCCCCCUUCGCUUCCAUUCUGGCCCUCACGGCCUUGGCUUAGGUUUGACUCCCGUCUAUGUCAACGUCAAAGACCAUGCUUAUAGAGAUGAUUUCAGGUCAUUCUUCUCGAAGUGUCUUCUUUACGGUGUCGCGUAUCAAUUAUGGAGUUCUUUUGUUCUCGUCCGCUUUGACGAUGAUACCCAUGAUGCCGAUGCGGCGCCCGAACCAACCGCGGAAGCCACUAGUUUGCGCCGGAGUUCCUACGGGAGUGAAGGGUUGCUGGAAGAUGAGGAGGAGAUUGGGGCGCCCUUGUUUGUUCCGCUGACUUGGUCCUGGCUGGAAGAGGGCGAGCUCUAUGCGGCUUCGGAUCCAGAGUGGCAAGAGUUUGUUCAAAUAUCCAAGGAUCGUGAAAAACUACAGAAACUGAGAGGUGAACUUGCCGCUAUUGUUCGAGACAAUGCCUCGGGCCAGUUGUCCCAGGUACUCGGUAGUCCUCUGUCCCUGACUGGAUUUUGGCUUGUACAUCAAUUUCCGCACCGUGCUCCUCCCGGAUAUUUACGAUCUGGUAUCGAAAUUACAGAUGAUGGUGUGGCUUGGGUUACGAAGCCUAUCGAUACCGAAAUAGGCGAUAAGGUACAGGCCUUCAUGAAACCAAUUCAUGUGGCACUUGCUAUUAAAGAUGCCUACCUAGUACUGUUGAGAAGACAUCUAGCUCGCUUCAGGGGCGAUUCGCCUCAUUCUCUGGGAAUAUUCAGUGAAGGACACCUAUCAAAUAACGAAAACCUUAGCCCCAUCAACUCCUUUGAACAAUCCAGCCUACAGCCUGCCAUGCCUGAAGAGCCUUCGGAGUACAUCCCUCCAGACGAAGAUAUCCAGCUUCAUCCUUCUUCCAUCAUAUCGUCAUUACAGCGACUUCCUUUGCCUGAUCUAGGCCCCGGGUCAGAUUUGCAUCUGGCAUCCCUCGCAUUUCGUUUGCGAUUAAACGAAUACCAGGCCAAUGCCCCACGAACCCCUCUUCGAGGAACAUUCUUCAUUUGUGGCCCCGUCGGUCUCAAGGGACCCAAUGGAUUCUGUCGCUAUGAGGUGCGCGGGGAAUACGACCCUUCCAAGUCUGGAUGGCGCUUUGUUGAGAUGGAAUUGCGUGAUGUGAACCUCCGGAAGCAAAAAGCACUUGGUGGCCGUUAA